AUGGAUGAGCAACAAAGAGAAAACCAAACUCAUGUCACUCUAUUCAUCCUCCUGGGAUUCCAAAAUCUGAAGCAUCUGUGGAUCCUUCUGUUUCUGGCAUUCCUCUUUAUCUAUAUUUUCACAAUGGCAGGGAACCUUCUCAUUGUCGUUCUUGUUGUGACUGACCAGCAUCUUCAUACACCCAUGUACUUUUUCCUCUGUAACUUGUCAUGCCUGGAGAUCUGCUACAGCUCAACUCUCAGUCCCAUACUGUUGACGACACUCUUGAUGGAUGGAAAGGCCAUUUCUUUCAGCCACUGUUUCCUGCAAUUAUUUCUUUUUGGCUAUUGUUUGGGGGCAGAAUGUUAUUUGCUAUCUGUGAUGUCUUAUGACAGGUACUUAGCCAUAUGUAAACCAUUGCAUUAUGCAGCGGUUAUGAAUAUCAGGAGAUGUAUCCAGUUAGCAGCUGUAUCCUGGACAAAUGGCUUCAUAGGUAUUUCCAUAAUAAUGACUACAAUGCUCCAAUUAAAAUACUGUGGCCCUAAUGAAAUUGAUCAUUACUUUUGUGAUUCUGUGCCACUUAAAGAACUUUCUUGCAGUGACACAGAUUUGGUGGAACAUGUUAAUUUAAUCUUGCUAUUUAUUUACACUAUGCCUCCAUUUCUAAUAACCUUGGCAUCCUAUAUAUAUAUUAUAAGGGCCAUCCUAAGAAUCCCAUCUACUACUGGAAGGCAAAAGGCCUUCUCUACAUGUUCUUCCCACCUUAUUGUUGUUUCCAUUUAUUACGGCUCUUUAAUAACUGUGUAUCUCUUGCCACCAUCCUCUUCAAUGAACAAAGCUUGUUCUCUCUUGUACACAAUCCUUCCACCAUUGGUUAACCCCCUCAUAUAUAGCCUGAGGAACAAAGAUGUGAAGAGAGCUUUGAGAAGGGUAAAAAAUAAGGUAGCAAUUUACAAUAUACUCCAAAAUAUGUUGAUUGACUUGCUUAAUGUUAAAAACAAAUGA